AUGUUGAGUUUAUGCUCGUUUGUGCAGUGCUCGUUUGUGGAGCACCGCAACUACAAGGUGAUUUACCGGCGCUAUGCAUCGCUCUUCUUUCUCGUGGGCGUGGAUGGCGAAGAGAACGAGCUGGCGAUACUGGAGUUCAUCCACUGCAUCGUCGAGACCAUGGACCGAUACUUUGGCAACGUGUUCAAUGUCGUUGUGUCGAGUCCAUGUCUUGUGCCCCACAUGCCCAUGUCUGUCUGCCCCACGCGCUCAUUCUGUCUUCCCCACGCGCUCAUUCUGUCUUCCCCACGCGCUCAUUCUGUCUUCCCCACGCGCUCAUUCUGUCUUCCCCACGCGCUCAUUCUGUCUUCCCCACGCGCUCAUUCUGUCUUCCCCACGCGCUCAUUCUGUCUUCCCCACGCGCUCAUUCUGUCUUCCCCACGCGCUCAUUCUGUCUUCCCCACGCGCUCAUUCUGUCUUCCCCACGCGCUCAUUCUGUCUUCCCCACGCGCUCAUUCUGUCUUCCCCACGCGCUCAUUCUGUCUUCCCCACGCGCUCAUUCUGUCUUCCCCACGCGCUCAUUCUGUCUUCCCCACGCGCUCAUUCUGUCUUCCCCACGCGCUCAUUCUGUCUUCCCCACGCGCUCAUUCUGUCUUCCCCACGCGCUCAUUCUGUCUUCCCCACGCGCUCAUUCUGUCUUCCCCACGCGCUCAUUCUGUCUUCCCCACGCGCUCAUUCUGUCUUCCCCACGCGCUCAUUCUGUCUUCCCCACGCGCUCAUUCUGUCUUCCCCACGCGCUCAUUCUGUCUUCCCCACGCGCUCAUUCUGUCUUCCCCACGCGCUCAUUCUGUCUUCCCCACGCGCUCAUUCUGUCUUCCCCACGCGCUCAUUCUGUCUUCCCCACGCGCUCAUUCUGUCUUCCCCACGCGCUCAUUCUGUCUUCCCCACGCGCUCAUUCUGUCUUCCCCACGCGCUCAUUCUGUCUUCCCCACGCGCUCAUUCUGUCUUCCCCACGCGCUCAUUCUGUCUUCCCCACGCGCUCAUUCUGUCUUCCCCACGCGCUCAUUCUGUCUUCCCCACGCGCUCAUUCUGUCUUCCCCACGCGCUCAUUCUGUCUUCCCCACGCGCUCAUUCUGUCUUCCCCACGCGCUCAUUCUGUCUUCCCCACGCGCUCAUUCUGUCUUCCCCACGCGCUCAUUCUGUCUUCCCCACGCGCUCAUUCUGUCUUCCCCACGCGCUCAUUCUGUCUUCCCCACGCGCUCAUUCUGUCUUCCCCACGCGCUCAUUCUGUCUUCCCCACGCGCUCAUUCUGUCUUCCCCACGCGCUCAUUCUGUCUUCCCCACGCGCUCAUUCUGUCUUCCCCACGCGCUCAUUCUGUCUUCCCCACGCGCUCAUUCUGUCUUCCCCACGCGCUCAUUCUGUCUUCCCCACGCGCUCAUUCUGUCUUCCCCACGCGCUCAUUCUGUCUUCCCCACGCGCUCAUUCUGUCUUCCCCACGCGCUCAUUCUGUCUUCCCCACGCGCUCAUUCUGUCUUCCCCACGCGCUCAUUCUGUCUUCCCCACGCGCUCAUUCUGUCUUCCCCACGCGCUCAUUCUGUCUUCCCCACGCGCUCAUUCUGUCUUCCCCACGCGCUCAUUCUGUCUUCCCCACGCGCUCAUUCUGUCUUCCCCACGCGCUCAUUCUGUCUUCCCCACGCGCUCAUUCUGUCUUCCCCACGCGCUCAUUCUGUCUUCCCCACGCGCUCAUUCUGUCUUCCCCACGCGCUCAUUCUGUCUUCCCCUCGCGCCCAUGUCCAGAUACGCGUGUUCCUGUCCUCAUGCCCAACCUAUGCUGCUCUGCUAUAGCUAUCAUCAUGUUCCCUGUCACCAUCCGCCCCUUCAUCCCCUACCUAUCACACAGUGCGAGCUAUCAUCAUGUUCCCUCUGACCAUCCCUGCCCCUCAACAGUGCGAGCUGGACAUCAUUGCGAGCUGGACAUCAUGUUCCACCUGUCUCUCCCCCUCCCCCUCUCCCCUCAACAGUGCGAGCUGGACAUCAUGUUCCACCUGUCUCUCCCCCUCCCCCUCUCCCCUUCAAGGGUGCGAGCUGGACAUCAUGUUCCACCUGUCUCUCCCCCUCCCCCUCUCCCCUCAACAGUGCGAGCUGGACAUCAUGUUCCACCUGUCUCUCCCCCUCCCCCUCUCCCCUCAACAGUGCGAGCUGGACAUCAUGUUCCACCUGUCUCUCCCCCUCCCCCUCUCCCCUCAACAGUGCGAGCUCGACAUCAUGUUCCACCUGUCUCUCCCCCUCCCCCUCUCCCCAUGAACAUGCGAGCUGGACAUCAUGUUCCACCUGUCUCCCCCCCUUCCCUCCCAUGGCAGUGCGAGCUGGACAUCAUGUUCCACCUGGAGAAGGCGUACUUCAUGCUGGACGAGAUGGUCAUGAACGGCUGCGUCAUGGACACCAACAAGCUCAAUGUGCUCGCUCCCAUCCACCUCAUGGACAAGUCCUCGUAG